UAUAAGGGUUCAGAUGUUUAGUAUUAAGAAGCCCUACUGAUUAAGUUCAUUUUCACCCGCAAUUAUUUAAUGAAUUAACCUCGCUGAUUUAUAUUUGCAUGCAUUGGUAGCUAUGAAGAAUUAAUGAAUGAUUUUGCAAAGAAAUAUAACGAUAAUUUAUUUCAAUUUAAAGUUACGUGACAACAAUCAGAAAAUUAAUUAGGAAGCGUCUGCUUUGAUUUAUAUCAACAUAGUUUAUCAUAUUUGACAUUCUUAUCAGUUAUGGAGUUUCGUUUGUUUAUCAGAAUAUCGCGUUUUAAUAAAAGACGGGGAAGAUUGAAAUUCUUGGUUAUAAAUAUGUGCUGUUAAUGUUUCUAGUUUUAAAUGGUGGAUUUCACGUAUCAAAGGAUAAAUUCUAAUAUGUUGUCUUUAUAGGUUUAUUGGUGAAGAACUCUUUAAAUUUGGAAUGUUAACGGAACCAACCAUGCAUGAAUGUAUAAUGAGGUUGCUCUCGCAGGGAGACGAAGAAUCACUUGAGUGUUUGAGUAACUUACUAAAAACGAUGGAAAGUUAUUUUACGCAAAUGCAAAAAAUAUUAGACAAACAUUUGAACAAUUCUAAGGAGGUUGUCGCAGUGUCAGUUUCAACUGCUCCAGAAGUCCCUCAAAGCCAAACAUAUGAGCAACUACCCGCUUCUAUACCCGCUGCAAUUGUAGAUAGUGAAUUACUUACUACUAUUCCCCAGCCUGGAGAAAUACUUUCUGACAAUUCACCUCAGAGAAAGAGAGGCGGCAUGAAAAAGAAGACUGAAUAUAACAAGCAAGACAAAUAUGGUGGAGAAAUGGAUGCUUUCCUUGAUAAAGGAGAA